AUGAGCAGCGCCGUUUGCCUUCACCAUCCUGACGGCGACGACUGGGACAAGCACUGCAAUCACUGGGAGCGUCUCUCCGAGGCGAACACUAACUGCAGGAGCAGCGAGCCGUUCUCGGACCUGGUGAGGCAUCGCACUUCGCACCUGCAAGGCGCGUGGAUCUUCUACGUCGGAGACCACGAAAUCGGAGCGGAUCUGCAGGCGUUGUCGGAAGAAGCAAGCAUGCCUGUGGUCACUCGAGAGCAGGUGCUUCCCGCCAGCAGUGGAGUCAUGCGGCGCUUCACCGGGGACGAGUCCGUAUCCCGAGAGGUCGGUGCCGCCCUGGAUUAUUUUCUGUGCUCGCAGAUGCCAGUUUUCAUCGGCAAUUCUGUAUCCCCAUGGAGCGCGUCUCAAAUUGUAAUCAGAGACACCGUGGCCUCCUGGUACAACUCAUUCGGCAUUCCUUUGGCUGAUGUCUUCAGGGCGUACACCAUUCCGCUGGUGUACACGUACACCGAAGAGAGUUCGCCCACCGGUAAAGUGUUGCUACAGAUUUCGAUCCUCUCCGUAAAGAGGGUCAUGCCAACUGCUAGUAUUCAUAUCCUGUACCACGGCAGUGGCGACGGUGAGCUUCGAGGCUGGCUGACCCAGCACGGUGUCGUUCUUUACGAUCACCGGCCGACAUGGCGAGACCAGAUAGAGCAGAUGCGCCUCAAGGGCAACAGGCUCGCAAGCCACCUUUACGCCAAUGCGGGGAACUAUUUGGGAACCUGGCAACGCAUCGACAUACCCCAGUUCUUGUCGGUUGAGUACUGCAUACUGUUGGAUUCCGACGCGUUUGUUGUACGGGCGUUCACUAUCGCGGACAUCGGGCAUUCGAUUCCUAGGGGCUUGGCUUUUUCAUCCGAGCUCAACGAGGACGACGGCCAGCCGAGCAACGCUGGGGUCGCAUUAUUGAAUGUUCCGUUUCUCCGAGAGAGCGUAGAGAGGUUCCACGCUUUCGUGGUCAACCAUGGUGACCCUAAUUUUGCCAGAGGCCCAUCCGACCAGGGCGCGUAUAUGGAGUUCUACGAGAACGAUUUGCAGUUUCUGAGCACCAGGUUCAAUAUGAAACCGUAUUACAAGAACGCGCAUAAUUGGGAUACCAGGUUCAUCUUGCAUUAUCACGGUCUGAAGCCGAGCGAUCACAUAAAGUAUUGGUUCAGUGGUAUCUGUGAGCCCCUGCAGUGCUUCUUGAUAUUUCUGUUUGAGGGCGUCCCCUACCAGUGCGAUGCGAUGGUGGACUUCGCGAAGGCGGCCGCCUUCGAAGGCCCCGGCCUCAUCAGGCAGUACUGCGACCUGUCCACCAGCAACUACAGCGACCUCUGCACGGGCCUGCUCGGCCUCAUGGCCGACCACGGCCUGCCCGGGCGGACGUGCGCGGCGUACUGCGAGCGCGCGCUGGCGCAGCGAGGGCUGAACCCGGCCGACUUCCCGUACAGGCACUAG